AUGAAUAAAUCUGGAGGGAUGACAGUAAUGUGGAACAAGGAGGUGAAGGUGUUAGUUGUUUUAACUACUGCUUUCACUAUGGAAGUUCAUAUUAUGGACACUGAGAUUAAUGUGGACUCGUGGUUCAUAGGAAUUUAUGCUAGCACUGAUGAUCAGAUUAGGAGGAAUCAAUGGAAGAAUGGACUUAUAGAUUUGGGGUUUGAAGGCAACCCCUGGACAUGGAGUAAUCAUUGGAAUCAAGAAGGGGAAAUCAAACAAAGGCUUGAUCGAGCUCUAGGGAGUAGUGAUUGGAGCCAACAGUUUGAUAGAGCUAAUGUUAAGCACAUUGAGAAUUUUGGAUCAGAUCAUAGCAUGCUCCUACUGGAUUCCAACCCUCUAAAAGAAAGAAGGAAAAAAAGAAUAGCUAUCCUCAAGUGGAGAAACAAUUUUCAAGCAAAUGCUAGGAAGAACAUUGAAAAGGUGAAGAAGCAGUUGGAGGAACUCAAAAAUAGUGACUGCCAAGACAAAAUGGGGAGAAACAAAAUGCUGAAAAUGCAAUUGAAGGAGGCUUAUGAUGAAGAAGAGACAUUCUGGAACCAGAAAUCCAGAGUCCAAUGGCUCAAGGAGGGGGAUAGGAACACCCUUUUUUUCACUCAAGUGUGA